AGCAACCGGAUGUUGAGAGUUAUCUCCCCAAAAUGGCAGCUUCGUUAGUACACGCGGAUAAAUUGUGAACUUAACAUUUUAAUACCAACUGUUUUAGGAGGUACAUUGCUGUGACAACACGAUGAAUAUAUACAACGAAACGGCGAAAAUAGUAAAAUCAAUCAAGCAGAAGAAAGGAACCGUCAAAUCUCUCGUAUUUGCCUCUCGUUUUCAUAACAAACGCAAGCUUUAUGCCUUGGUGUGUGAAACCCUGAAGUUCUGGCAGAUACUGAGUCUGUUACUGAAGAGGACAAAGAUUCCCCGGAAACUGACCAGCUAUGAAGAGAAGCAGUACGUUUUCAUCGUCCUGCUGUACGAGUUCCUCAUUGGACAAGGACUUGACAAGGCUGGAAUGAUAGCGAAACAGUUUUUGCGCUAUAAGCUGGUGAUAGAAAGGGAACAUGGCCGCCUGCUGGCUGAGAAGCAAGUGUCCAGUCUGUCAGAGCUUAUCCCAGAAGAAGCACACGCCAUAUCUUUGCCCAGAUAUGUCCGUGUGAACUUGCUGAGAACCACAGCACAGGAGGCAGCAGACACCUUCAUGAAGGAGGGCUGGCGGCUUGUGAAGGGGACAAAGAACUUUGUCCAUGACAUGCAGAAGCUUGGUCAGCGAGAAUUUCUACAAGAUCCACAUCUCCCAGAUUUGCUGGUGUUCCCCCCGGGGACUGACUUCCACAAACACAGGCUGUGUACGACAGGGGAGAUAAUCCUGCAGGACAAGGCUAGCUGUUUCCCCGCCCACGUCUUGAGUCCACCAGAGGGCAGUGUGGUGAUUGACAGCUGCGCUGCCCCCGGCAACAAGACCAGCCAUGUCGCCAGUCUACUCCGAAACUCAGGGAAAGUAUUUGCCUUUGACAAAGACCGGCGGCGUCUGAAGACAAUGUCUCAGCUGCUGGAGGUGGCCGGAGUCACCAACACGGAGCAGACGUGUCAGGACUUCCUGUCUGUCGACCCUCUGGAGGAGAAGUAUGCUGCAGUCGAGUACAUGCUGGUGGAUCCUUCAUGUAGUGGAUCUGGAAUCGUUGGAAGACUUAAUCACUUAUCUGAUGACGACAACUCUACAGCGGCUCGACUGAAGAGCUUGUCAAAUUUCCAAGCCACCAUUUUGAAACAUGCCCUGUCCUUUCCCAGAGUGAAGAGGGUGGUCUAUUCAACCUGCUCAAUACAUGCACAGGAAAAUGAGGAGGUCGUGGAAGAAGUUAUCCAAAAGGUUGGUGAGGACUUCAAACUGAAACUGGUCUUCACUGAUUGGUCGAACCGAGGGGUGAAAGGUUAUGAGCAUGCUCCGAUGUGUCUGAGGAUGUCACCUGAGGACAAUUUGACGAAUGGUUUCUUUGUGGCUUGUUUUGAAAGGAGGAGGUUUCAAGGGAAUGGUUCACAUGGUGAAAAGGAAGGUGUUGGAUGUUCAGAAAGUAGACUUACUUUGAAUAAUGGCGAUGAAAGUACCAGAACUUUUACAAGAAAGGAAAAAAAAAGACUUAAGAAAAAGGCAAAAAAGGCACAGAAAAAUCUGUUACUCAGCUCAGGUGUAACUGAGUUUGAAAGGGAUGAUAAAGAUGAGGGUGAGGACGUUGAUAACUGUGCAAGUAAGGAUGACAGGAAAAUGAAAAUAAUCCCCAAAUCGGAAGAUUUAGACUCCUCAUACCUAGCUACUGAAACUGAAGAGGUGUUAAGGGUAGAUAACUCUCUGCCUUGUGCCACUCCAGUCAAAACUGUGUUUUGUGGUGGCCAGAAGCACAUGGGAAAAGCAUCAGUUGAGAGUGAAAGAGUCCGAAUGUUUCGGAAACGAAGUAUUGAAUUCCUGGAUGUCAGCAACCUUUCCUGUUGUGUACUGCAAUGUACCCCUUCCGGAGAGGCAGGGAAGCGGGCAAAGCAAUUGUCUAAUGUCGUUGGCUUCGGUUCCAUGGUUAGGAACGCAGAAUUAACCGAGAAAACUUUUGGUGCCCAUGGGGACGCCAGUAGACACGAGUUGGUGACAGGUGUCAAGAGCCAUUCAUCCACAGAAAAGCGGAAACUGAAGAAGUUAAGAAGAAAGAAAAAACAAAGCGAGGGAUUCAGCUUUUCAGGAUAGUUGUUAGAAUGAAAUGGUGUGUUACAUUUUACUGCAUCAGUUUGAUGUGGGAUGUUUAGAUUUUAGUAAAACAAUUAUAAUCUAAUUACUGUUGUUU